AGAGAGAGAGAGAGAGAGAGAGAGAGAGAGAGAGAGAGAGGGAGGCGCACAGAGAGAGGAGUGUGCGUUGGAUGUACACGCCUGCCUCGCUGACUGACUGUGUGUGUGUGUGACAGAAAGAGAGGACAACCGUGUGGAUACUACUCCGCAGGACUGGACACGUUGGGCAUCACAGCAGGAGGACACGCACACUGAAAAAAGCGAGCGAGGCGGAAUCUAAACUGCUGACUGAGCUGCCGGCAGACACCGACCGGGGGCAGAGUGCGGAGGAGUGAGCAGACAAGACAGAGCACACACGAGACCCCGACCGAACCGACCGACCGGCUGACUGACCGACGGCGCCCAUGGCGAGCAACAACACGGCCAGCAUCGCACAAGCCAGGAAGCUGGUGGAGCAGCUGAAGAUGGAGGCCAACAUCGACAGGAUAAAGGUGUCAAAAGCAGCGGCAGACUUAAUGUCAUACUGCGAAGCUCAUGCCAAAGAGGACCCUCUGCUAUCGCCGGUGCCGGCGUCCGAGAACCCGUUCAGGGAGAAGAAGUUCUUCUGCGCCAUCCUGUAAAACCCAGCAGCAUGGCCCUUCAGCAGUCUGCCCAGUGAGGGACUUUUGAACGUGGACGUUCAAAAAUACAUAGAAAUCUUCUAGUGGGAGGGGCACGGCGAUUAUUGCCCCACCCCUCCCCCCUACGCCCCCCCCCCCCCCCCCCCCCCCCCCCCCCCCCCACUCCUCCUCCUUCGUCGAACGGCACCUAAAGGGUGCAAAAAAAUUUAAACCGCAGAGUUAACGUGUAACUAUUAGAGGGGUUGUGAUUGCUUUGUUGAGGGGUGUUGCAGCAUGUUGAAGGGGUCUGUGCUUUUUUUUUUUAGAUGACACAAACGGGAGGAUAAUGAUGAAGAGAAGUAUGACGGUAACCAAGAGACGCAGAGUGACGGACAACCAAUCCAAAAAAAAUUCAAAAAGUCUUCAGGUUGUGAUGUGUUCAAAAAAAAUAGAUAAAUAGAGAAUUUUAAAAAAUAAUAUAAUAAUUUGGGGGUUCUUUUGGGACUUCCACGUUCUGUUAGACGGUUUGUGGGCGGAUCGAGCUCCGUAGGACAGAGAAACUAAUAUACUCCUCCCGCUAGACACCACCUGAUUAUUGGAAUGUUUUUUUUAAGGUGUUUAUUUUACUAUUGUUUAAACUUUACCUAUCUCCUAGAUAUCUUUCUAUAACUGUACGUGAUAACUGAAACUGCUCUGUAAACUUUUUUUUUCUUUUUUUUUUUUACACCAACAGGUUAGUGAAAGCUUUUUUUAAAUGGGAUGUUUGAAACAUUCGACUCUGUGACUCUCUUUACAAAUACCUUUCUGAAAACCCAUCUCUGUGUGUCAACAUCUAUCUGGCAAAUGUGAUGCAGUUUGUCUCCUUCAGAUACAAACCCUCUUUCUACUCUUUGUACAAAAAAAUGACUAGCAAAGUAAACUGUGCUGUGCCGUGA